GAAAGGGAGAGAGAGAGGUGCAGCUGAGAGAGACAGCCUCUUUGAGCUGUGAGGCAGAAGUGAUGGAUUCAGCCCGCAGAAAAGUGACAGUCUUCUCCUGACGGGCCACAGGCAGCACACAGCCUGCCCUGGACUCACACCGGUCACCAGGAAAUUACCUCCACCACCACCAGCAGCUGCAGCCACCAGUAGUCUCACCUGAGUCAAAGCUCCUUUCAAGGAUUUAGGAACAACCUCCUCAGUUAUAUGGAAGACUUUCUUGGAAGUUUGUGUCCUGUUGAACAAAUGACAGUCUUUCACUAAGAGGCUUUAACACCCCACUGCCUCCCCAGUGCUGGAGUGGACUAAGGUGACAAUAAGAGACUGACUGGACAGGCUGAGCACAGAAAGAGAGAGGAAGACACGAGGGUGAAAGCUUUACACUUGGGAUGACUUUCUACCAAGAGAAACUUCAAACAGCUUUGGCAGGAGGGCAAGGCAACUGAGGGAGCGUCAGCAGCACUGUGCAAUUAUCUAGCUUUGGUGAGUUGGACACUCAUGGAGCCCCCUUCAAUGGUCCUGCUGGGGGUCCUUCUAGUAUAUGGAUUAGCCUGUGGUGUCCAGUCGGACAAGAGCCACGGCAGGGACAGGACCCAAGAAUUUGGGAGCAGUGAGGAUGAUUUAGAGAGGGAGUUUCUCUACGCCGGGAGGAGCAAGCGUGCCCCAGCCGAACAGCCGCAAGACAAGUGCUCCUACACUUUCAUUGUUCCUCAGCAAAAAGUGACCGGAGCAAUCUGCGUUAACUCGAAGGAGCCGGAGGGCGUGCUGGAGAACCGGGUCAACAAACAAGAGUUAGAGCUGCUAAAUGUGGAGCUGCAGAAACAGAAGAGGCAGAUUGAGACCCUGCAGCAGUUGGUGGAAGUGGAUGGAGGUAUCGUCAACGAGGUCAAGCUGCUGAGGAAGGAAAGCAGAAACAUGAACUCCAGAGUCACUCAGCUGUACAUGCAGCUGCUCCAUGAGAUCAUCAGGAAGAGAGACAAUGCAUUAGAAUUGGCCCAGAUGGAGAACAAGAUCCUGAACCAAACCUCCGAGAUGCAACAGCUCACCAGCCGUUACAAAGAUCUGGAGCACAAAUAUCAGCACUUGGCUUCUUUAGCCACAAACCAGUCGGCUCUCAUUGCCCUGCUGGAGGAGCAGUGCCAGAGUCGCCCCCCCCCUCGCCGUGUACCCGUCCCACAGCCCCAGCCCCAGCCCCAGCCCCAGCCCCAGCCCCAGCCACGGCCCCAUCCACCUCCUCCAUCACCGCCUCUCACCAAGCCCUACCAGCCACCCGCACUCCCGCGAAACAACCCAAUCAGCAAUGAGAUCCAGAGUGAUCAAAAGUCUCUCCCGCCUCUUCUUCCCACGAUGCCCGCCGGCACACACAGCCCAUCAACCACUGACAAGCCCUCUGGUCCGUUCCGGGACUGCCUGCAGGCUCUGGAAGACGGCCACACUGCCAGCGGCAUGUUCCUGGUCAAGCCAGAAAAUGCCAAUCGCCUUAUGCAGGUGUGGUGUGACCAGAGACACGACCCAGGUGGCUGGACUGUGAUCCAGAGACGGGUGGACGGCUCUGUCAACUUCUUCAGGAACUGGGAGACAUACAAGCAAGGGUUUGGUAACAUUGAUGGGGAGUACUGGCUGGGUCUAGAAAACAUCUACUGGCUCACGAACCAAGGAAACUACAAGCUGUUGGUCACACUGGAGGACUGGUCGGGCAGGAAGGUGUUUGCAGAGUACGCCAGCUUCAGAGUGGAGCCUGAAUCCGACUUCUACAAGCUGAGGUUGGGCCGUUACCAUGGAAACGCUGGAGACUCCCUGACCUGGCAUAAUGGCAAACAAUUCACAACACUGGACAGGGAUCAUGAUGCAUACACAGGAAACUGUGCCCACUACCAGAAGGGAGGCUGGUGGUACAACUCUUGUGCCCACUCCAACCUGAAUGGCGUUUGGUACAGAGGAGGACAUUACCGCAGCCGUUACCAAGACGGGGUCUACUGGGCAGAGUUCAGAGGGGGAGCUUAUUCACUCAAGAAAGUUGUCAUGAUGAUCCGCCCCAACCCCAACACCUUCCACUAAUCCUCCAACAACACAUACUGUAAUGCCUCUGUCACACACAAAAAAGAAAAUUCUUAAAAAACGUAUCUGUUACUGAAGUGGCACCAAAUCAAGACAGAUGCCAAAGAGAAAGAUUUUACUAGAAGUGCAAUAUUAAAACAUCAGGGUCUCCCAUCAAUUCAACUAAUCUGUGCACUGUUUCUCUGCUGUCUGAUUGUUUAGCCUUUUCCACAUACAUAUACAUUUGAGCUGAGUGCCUUGCUCUCCAACAGGAAAGAUGCAAUAUAUAUUUAGUAGGAAACAAACAAAUGAGGCUGACAGGAGACGUAUCCAGUAACUAUCAGUCUCAUGCAAAAGGCAUUUUUCACAUGUGUAAUAUAACAACUGUACAUUUGUGAUACAGUCUUGAUAUUCUGGGCUUUUUUUUAUCAGUAAUAUGUACAACACAAAAUAUUCCUCUUUUUUCUGAACUGAAAGUGUCAUUACGAAUAUUGUAUGUUUUUAACAGACGUUUGGAUAAAAAUAAAUGGAAAAAAAAUAUUAGUAAUCAUCUCAUUUCCGAAUCUUUAGGGAAUUAUUUUCUCUUUUUCGACAAUUUUACAUUUUGAAAUUGUGCAGGUAUCCACUAAUAUGCUUGUAUCAAUCAAGCUCUGUAUUUACUGUAUAGAUUUACGUGGUUUAUUGAUGUUGAUAGAUCCAACACAUUGCGUUUGUACAUAAGAUGCCUGUAAUAUAAUGUAUUCAAACCUGUUAGGUCACUACUAAGUUGCAUAAAAAAGUAUGUACAGCCUGUGUUUCUUUCUCGUGUCUGUCAACAAAGCAUACAGACUAAGAGUAUUAUUUGAGUUUAUUCAGCUGAUAAGGUUUAAUGCAGCAUACACAUAUGAGUUUUGCUCUUCAUACCACUGACACUGUCCAUCUAAAAGGGGCCGAAUACUAAAUUCUCAAUGCAGCCCACCCAGUGUGAGUUCAGCCAGUGGCCAUUUGUUGCAUGUCAUUCACCCAUUUGUCCCGUCUGCUCUCAGCAGAUAAUGUAGGCUAUGAAAGGUUAUGAGCCUGUAUAAUGUAGAAGCAUGGAGUGUAAAUAUAUCUGGAACAAAGUGAACAACAGAAACAAAUGUCGACAUUCAAAAUUCAGCAAAAUACAGCAGAAUUUUGUAAUCUAUUUUGUAAUAAAUUCCGUUUAGUUUAAACUAUUAAAUCCCCAACAGAACAGAACUAUGAUGCAACAAUAACAGUAUUUUCUUUUCGAAACUGCCCUUGAGUCUUAAUCAUAAUGACAUCUGCCAUGGCACAGUAAACCAGAUGCUUUUGUAUCUGUUAUAUUUCUAAGUUUCAUCCGAUCCAGACUCAUUCCAGAAAGGAUUUACACAAGGUCCAUGCUGGAUAUGGGCCCAUUUUACUGAUUUGAGUAUUUCCAUUUGGUUCAGU